CCGCAGGCUUAACCACGGCCACUCUUCCCCUCCUCCUCCAUCUCCCACGGGAACCACCGGUCCACACCUGCUCGUCGUCGACUCGGCGCGUUCCAUGGCCACCGCCUCCCCUCUCCUCCUCCACGGCAACCCAACCUAAGCGUCCGGGCACAGAGGCCCUUAUCCCGGCGAGACCGACCUGUGGACUCCCUCCAUUGACUCCAUGGCCACCGCCGCCUCCACUCCGCUCCUCCACGUCCGCGCUCCAGCUCCCAACGCUAACCCUCUCUCCGUCCAGCGCUUCUGCCUGGCGCGCACCCGCUGCUCGGGAUCCGCCUUCCAGCGCCUCUACCUACUCGCCCCCCGCGGCCUGCCGGCGGCCACGCCCCGUGCCACGGCCGAACCCUCCGCCUCGACCGCUCCCGAUGCGGUCUCCGUGGCGGGAGAGGGAGCCGGCGCCAGCGUGCUGCUCGACGUCAGCGGCAUGAUGUGCGGCGGAUGCGCGGCCCGGGUGCGGUCCAUCCUCGCCGCGGACGCGCGGGUGGAGAAUGUGGCGGUCAACCUCCUCGCCGAGUCGGCCGCCGUGCGGCUGCGGUCGCCGGCUCCCGGUGCUGGGGAAGAGCUGGCGGUGAGGCUGACGGAGUGCGGGUUCCCGUCGGAGGCGCGGCGAGGGGGCGCGGCUGCGGGGGCCGCGGAGAGCGCGCGCAAGUGGAAGGAUAUGGCGGCCAGGAAGGCGGAGCUCCUCACGCGGAGCCGCGGGCGCGUCGCCUUCGCGUGGACGCUCGUCGCGCUCUGCUGCGGCUCGCACGCAUCCCAUCUACUCCACUCGUUCGGUAUCCACAUCGCUCACGGAACAUUUUUGGAUCUGUUGCACAACUCGUAUGUGAAAUGUGGCAUUGCUAUGGUGGCAUUAUUUGGGCCUGGAAGAGAUAUACUUUUUGAUGGUCUUAGAGCAUUCAAGCAAGGCUCCCCCAACAUGAAUUCUCUAGUAGGAUUCGGUUCUGCAGCUGCAUUUGCUAUUAGUGCAGUUUCCUUGCUGAACCCUGAAUUGGCAUGGAAUUCGACAUUUUUCGAUGAACCGGUCAUGCUUCUUGGAUUUGUACUUCUUGGACGAUCUCUCGAGGAAAGUGCUAGGCUUAAAGCAUCUAGCGAUAUGAAUGAGCUCAUUUCACUCUUAUCUCCUCAAUCGAGGUUAGUCAUUACAUCCUCAAGUGAUGAACCUUCUUCAGAUGGCAUUUUGAAUUCGAGUGCAAUCACUGUUGAAGUUCCUGUCGAAGAUGUUCGUGUUGGAGACUCAAUAUUGGUUCUUCCGGGAGAAACUAUCCCUGUAGAUGGAAAUGUCGUUGGAGGGUCAAGUUUUGUUGACGAAUCAAUGCUUACUGGAGAAUCCUUGCCAGUAGCCAAGGAAAUAGGAUGUGUUGUAUUUUCUGGAACCGUGAAUUGGGAUGGGCCUUUAAAGAUCAACGCCACAACUACUGGACCAUCAUCCACGAUCGCCAAGAUAGUCCGUAUGGUCGAGGAUGCACAAGCACGUGAAGCCCCUGUUCAAAGGCUCGCGGAUUCAAUUGCAGGUCCAUUUGUGUAUACUGUUAUGACGUUGUCUGCAGCAACCUUUUCAUUCUGGUACUUCAUGGGCACACACAUAUUCCCGGAGGUCCUUCUAAAUGAUAUUUCUGGUCCUGAUGGGGACUCGUUGCUUUUGAGCUUGAAGCUUGCUGUGGAUGUACUAGUUGUUUCCUGUCCGUGUGCACUUGGAUUAGCUACACCUACAGCUAUCUUAAUAGGAACUUCGAUGGGUGCUAAACGUGGGUUACUUAUUAGAGGGGGCGAUGUUUUGGAGCGUUUGGCUGGGAUAGAUGCAAUUGUUCUUGAUAAGACAGGGACACUUACAAAAGGAAAACCAGUUGUUACUUCAAUUGCUUCUUUAGCAUACAAGGAGAUGGAGAUUCUUCGUCUAGCUGCUGCAGUGGAGAAAACAGCAUUGCAUCCUAUUGCAAAUGCUAUAACGAAGGAGGCUGAACAGCUCAAACUGGAUAUUCCACCCACAAGUGGGCAGCUUACAGAGCCUGGCUUUGGCUGUUUGGCCGAAGUAGAUGAGUGUCUGGUUGCUGUAGGUACUUUGGACUGGGUCCACAAUCGUUUCCAAGUCAAAGCGUCACCAACUGAGCUGAGAGAUCUUGGAAAUCGUCUAGAGUUUUUGUCUUGUAGUCAAGCAUCAUCUUCAAAGCAGUCAAAAUCAAUUGCUUAUAUUGGUCGUGAAGGAGAAGGGAUAAUAGGUGCUAUUGCAAUCUCAGAUGUUCUACGUGAUGAUGCAAAAUCAACUGUGGACAGGCUACAAAAGGAAGGGAUUACAACAUAUAUACUAUCUGGAGAUAGGAAAGAAGCAGUGGAAAGCAUUGGGAUAACUGUUGGAAUCAGGACUGAAAACAGAAAGUCAUCCCUAAGUCCACAGGAAAAGGCAGGCAUUAUAUCAACUUUGCAGGGGGAGGGGCAUAGAGUUGCAAUGGUUGGCGAUGGAAUAAAUGAUGCGCCGUCUUUGGCAGCUGCUGAUGUUGGAAUAGCUAUGCGAACUCACUCGAAAGAGAAUGCUGCCUGUGAUGCAGCUUCUGUUGUUCUAUUAGGAAACAGACUUUCUCAGGUUGUAGAUGCCUUGUCCUUGUCUAAAGCAACUAUGGCGAAAGUUCACCAAAAUUUGGCCUGGGCAGUUGCAUACAACAUAGUAGCCAUUCCUGUUGCAGCUGGAGCGCUGCUACCUCAAUUUGAUUUUGCCAUGACACCAUCUCUUUCAGGAGGACUAAUGGCGCUGAGCUCCAUCUUUGUUGUCAGCAACUCCUUGCUUCUGCAGUUCCAUGGAUCGUUUCAGAACACAAGGCCUGAUCUGAAGUCUAGAUCAAAGUAAAUUGGAUUGUUUAUCUCGUCCGAGAUAUCAUAACAGAAUAGAGGGUACUUCGUUGAUACACCGGGAUUGUGCAGGAUCAUAUAGCAUGCCUAACUGAUACAGCGACCACCGGUCCGGCAUAUGUAUGCUGAAACAAGCAUUCUUGUAUCUGAUAUUGUACAGCUUAUAGCCAACUAGAAAUCUAGAAAGAAGACCGUUGAGAAGAAGAAAAGGUGCUUUUAUCCUCUAACAACAUAACCGUGAACUUGUAAGGAUAUUAAGACUUGUGUAAUGAAUGAUAACUUCACACUUCAUCAAACAUCUUCGUCC